AUGGCGGACGAUUCUAUCCAUAUGAGUGUGGUUCAGAUUGGUGAAAGAAAAUUACGGUUUUUGGAAUGGGCAACGACAGACGACACGAUUUCAAAUUCACAAGAGCAAAAAGAUAACAUUCCUUUAUUUCUUGGGGCUGAUGUGCUAUCUGGGUGUUCUAUCGCUGUAUCUAACUUACCAAGGAUGCAUGCGAAGUUUUCCAAGCAAGGCCUAGCUGUUAAAGUUAACUUCCCUAAUUCUCUUCGAUUGCAUGGCAUCCAUGGCUCUGCUCGUGGUGUUUGGUUCUACUCAAUUCAAGGCCUUUUCAGAGUUUGCUUUGAGUAUUACAAUCGCGAGGAACAACUAGAAUGCCUAACAAAGCUCUGCGCCUCGUGGAAGUUAAGAUUUACAGACAAGCCAUUUAGGCAAAGAGAAAUUGAACUCAGUUUUCAAGAUACUUUCAAAAAACAGGUGGAAAUCCCUGCAGGCCCAGGUGACACAGAUUCAACUGGACAGCCUUACUCGGAUAAAAACGUUAACCCAUCAGAAAUCACAUCCACUAAAAUAACGAAAUCUGAUGGCAACAUUUCUUACUCGCCUGCAUCAGGUUCUUUUUAUCACGGAUGCAUUACAACACCCAACUGGAAGCGAUACAUGAAAGAAAUCGAGAGAAUUUCGAAAGAAGCAGAUCAUUGCGACUUUGAAGAUCUUCUUGACACCAUUAUUAGAAUUUUAAAGGAGUAUGAAGUUCAAACAACUCCUAAACAAAUUGGAUUAUCAGGGGUACUUGUAGCAGUUAGCAAAUAUCUUGGUGAUGAAUUUAAUAGACUCCAGCUUGAAAUCAGUGAAAGAGUAACCGAGUUCAAGAAAAGGCAUAUAACUUCAAUUGAUAAUCUUCCCCCAUCAUCAAUUCUUGUCAAAGAACUUUUCCCUGAGUGUAUGCAGGUUUUAUUGUUGAGUUGGAUGGGAAGCAGGGAUGGUGGACAAGACAUGAACAGCAUUGUGCAAGUAAUAUUAGAACUUGUGAAUAUGAGCCUGGUUUCAGGUGUCGCUCAUGUCUUGUAUUCUAGGUUGAUACAAACUGAUACAGUUUAA